CCUCUCAGACCUUACUAACAUUUGAACCUCAUCUGCUUCAUCUUCACACCUCAACUUCUACAGAAACACCAACGAUGAAGUCUCAGGUCACACUCCUGCUCAUCUGCAUGCUUUUCUCCAAAGCGCUGUCACUGACUUGUCGACAGUGUAUUUAUCCAUUAUCUCCAACAUGCACGGAUACGCAGACCUGUGCAGAUCAGUGUCUCACUUCCACCACUUCUGUGUACAUGAGUGGUGCAAAGUUGCCAGAUGUUAAUGUGAAGACUUGCGGCACGGCAGAUUCUUGUGUAACCGGGAGCAUGAAUCUGGGAAUGAUGAAAAUAGAUAACAAUGCCAAAUGCUGCAAAACUGAUCUCUGCAACACUGAAACGCUGCCAGCUCCUCCGAAGCAGGCUCCCAAUGGGAGAUCGUGUUACGGCUGUGAUGCUAACGGCUGUUCAGUAAAAGUGAACUGUGAAGGAAGUGAAGAUCGCUGCAUCAGUGCAUCAGUUCAACAAGGGAGCAAUACCAUCUCUAUGAAAGGAUGUGUAUCCAAGAGCAUCUGUGCUGCUUCUGGAUCAACAAGCACGUCCGGAAUCGGUAUAUCAAACAUCCAGUGUUGUGAGGGGAAUCUGUGUAACGGUGCUGAGAACUUCACACUGAGUUUCCUCCUCAUGAUCGUCCCUCUGCUCUCCUCCGUCCUCUUCUACUGAAAUCUCCACUGAUGGAGCAGCUCAUGAAAAGUAGAAGUUUCUUUUUUAGCAUGUGAUUUAAAUUUUGAUUGAUUGUUUUAGAGUUAACUGUCCUAUAUACACACAUACAUACACACACACACACACACAUACACACACAAUGCCCUCCAUUAAUAUUGGCACCCUUGGUAAAUAUGAGUAAAGAAGGCGGUGAAAAUUGUAUUUGUUUAACCUUUUGAUCUUUUCUUAAAAUAAUUCCCCCAAAAAAAAAUACUCCGCUCUCAUAGAUAUCAAACAAUUUUUUACUAUUACCAAAUGCUUUAUUGUGAGAGUACCAAACUGUUUUGUGGCUGAGAUGUUUGUACUGUUUAUAAAAUAAAGAAACAUACUAUUCUGCUUGAAAAAAA